GUAUAAAAAGGAUCCGGUCGACUUACGGUUCUGCACCAUCUUUUCCCCUUCUUCUUCUCUGCUAAACUAUAGACCCUUUUGAGUUUCGUUCAUCCUGGUAGAUAAAUUUACGGAGCUUCUCUGAGCUUACUUAUUAGUUUUCUUUGAUGGAGUGAUUAUCCCUAAUUGGAUUGUGAAAGUCUUCAUAUCCGUCGUCACCUAUUAGAGGAUUUCUUCAAUUUAUUCUCAAUAUCUCUUCAAUUUUGUUAAUCAGAGGAUUGUGAUUCUUAUUCUUCUAGUCUUGUUUCCAAACCGAAUAGCAGGCAGCCUUGAUAAUUAUCAGAAAAUAUUGUCUGCCAAUGGAGGUUUUAACAAGUUAUGAUGUAUCACCGCACUUUUACUAUGGUACAUCAAGGAACAGAACCACAGAGGUACUUAAUAGCUCCAACACCAACUUUCAUGGUGUUUACACUUCUAUUCAGACUCAGGUCAGUGGUUUACCCAACGAAAUAGUGAUAGACAUCUUAAGUAGAGUUCCAGCCAAGGCACUCAUGCAGUUUAAGUCGGUAUGCAAACAUUGGUUGUUUUUGAUUAAACAAGAUCCAAAGUUGAUUGAUUUGCAUUUCAUCCAUUCAAAAUCACGUCCUAAUUUUCUCUACAUCGUCCCAGCGCCAGAAAAGGGCAUCCUCCACACUAGCCUAAUUGCUAGCUUUGUAGACAGCAAAACGUUUCAGCAAAGUAUUUCAUGUGCGGAGAUAGUUGAAGCGAGUACUGGUGGUGAGGAUGAAGAAGUGGAAGCCUUUGUUAGUAAGGUUAGGAUAACCGAGGAUAAAUGGUUCCCUUAUAGUGAAGUCUUGGAACCGGUGAAUGGUUUGGUUUGUUUUGUAGAUCAAAAGACACAUGCUAUUAGGGUAUACAAUGCAAGUACACGAGAAGCAACACCGUGGGUCAUAUCAACGUUACUCGCUGAAGAAAAUCACAAGCUUAUGGCAGAUAAAAGCACGAUGAAGAUAAAAAGUCACUCUACUCCAAUUUAUCGAUUUGGUUUCGACCCAGAGAAGAAAGAACAUAAAGUAUUCUGCUUUUGGAGACUACUUACCAGGCGUGAACAGCAUCGUCAUCAUUCCUUGGAACGAUCUGAAUAUGAAAGUUGGGAGGCAUUGACAGUGGGCAGUGACACCAAAUGGCGUAGGAUCAAUGCUGUUCCUAACGAGAACAACCAAAUAAAUAUUGCAGAGGUGCUCCCUCCGGCUUAUAGUAAUUGUCGGCAGGUGUAUGUGGAUGGUACUAUAUACUGGAGCAACAAAGAGUACUAUUGGGAUCAAUGGGGGACCACUAAUCGUGAUGAUCCCGAUGUCAUAGUUGCAUUUGAUGUUGGAACUGAAAAAUAUAGACUUAUCCCAAUUCCUAUUUUCAUCCUCGAAGAGCCUCGUGAUGAAGAGUAUAGGCUGCCAAUUGACAUCUUAGUAUUGGGUGGACAUGUGGCUCUAUUAUACCGUAUGGAACCUUAUGUUGUUAAGUUAUGGAUGUUAGAUGAUGGAGCUGGUAAAAAACUGGAAAAUUGUCGAGGAAACAAAAGUAAUUGGAGCACGGAGAUAAUUGAGCUACCAUUUUACUGUGAUAACCGGGUUGGUGGUUUUGGAAUUGCUGGAAGUACAGACAAGAUAAUCUUCGAAUGCCGGGGAUGCAACAACUCAGUGAGCUUCACUUGUUUGUAUUCUUAUGACCGCAAGAAGAAGACUUGUAAGAGGAUUGAGAUGGAUGGAGUCUCCUCGUUUACCCGUUGCUCCCGGAGGACUCUGAUUACCACUUUUACAGAAAGCCUCUUUCAUGUUUAGUCUCUUUACAACACAAAAGUUACUUGAAGCUUGUGCAAAGUUUCUCUACAUAUUCCACAUGCCAUGUGAGUGCCCAACUUUGUGGACUUAUCAGUUAUCACUCUUUCAUUUUCAGGAAACGGCAAAUCAAUCAGUUGAAUUUCUUGUAGAAAACGUUCAUAAUGUAUUAUGUUAUCUUUUCAAGUUUUUAUACCUUUAGGCGGUUCAUAUAUAUGGUUGUAUGGUACUUCCAAUAAAAUCCGCGUUGAUUGUUGAGAUUCAUCUUUUUAAUUCUUACUGCAAAACUUAAUGAGAUCGCCAUGUUUCAAUUGGGCUUCAGUGGUAUCUCUUUGGAUAUCCUUAUUUGUGACAGGCUGCGGUGUGUAGUCUGUCUUCUUUUUAGGCAGUGUUGAUCUUUGCAUAAGCAGUCUAUCGGUGUAACGGAAAGUCACUAGAUGAUAUCCUGAGUUUUCAUCUAAUUCAGCCAUCACUUGAAGUAGUUACCAGAAAUUCGGAACGUAGCCUGAAUUCUAACAACAGUGCCUUAUUUUUCCUACUUGUAGUAUUUUCACCAGAUGCCUUAGUCUCUGACCGUGUUGUCUGAAUGCCGUGAUUCAUCUGGAUCAAGAGAACUAUACACGGGUUUCGAAGAAAGUCACUAGAUUCUGGAUGCUGUAGUCUGGCUACGGUUUUUGGCGGCGUCUGAAUGCCGUGAUUCAUCCGGAUCAAGAGAACUAUACACAGGUUUCGAAGAUGGACUUAUUUUGGAAGGUCGAAAAUUUGGAGAAUUUCCUGAACUUGGGAGCUCAGGAGUGGUUGCGUCCACUCCAUUGUAACUGCAAAUCAAAAGGACCUUGAUUCAUUCCCUAAACUCUGGGAGGUUGAAGAACAAGGACAACUUUUCCGAAUACAAAUACUGAAGCUCUUUCAAUGAACUUGAGGGCUUAACUUCAGCAGAACAUUUUGAUCGUUCCUGUUUGGAUCUGUCAAAAUGUUGUCCAGUAGUAAGAUCAAAUCUGUUGAUUUGUACAGGUUAGACCCCUCCACUUUCUACUUCACUCAUAUUUUCUUUGAUUUUAUCUUUUAGGACAUAUAAUUUGGUUGGUAUUGUAUUUUUGUCCGGUUGUUACUUUUGGAUCUGGUAUUGUCAUGUUUUUCAGUUAUUUUUGAACAUAUUCGACAUUGAUGACUGUUAUAUUUUAAUUUUGAUCACGAAACAGUAAAAUUUCCUUAGUAGUCUAAGUCCUCAGAGUUGAAGUAGGGUUUCAAUAUAACAGAAGUAAGUUAUGAAACUUAACCAGAUAUUGUGUCGCUAAGAUGUAAUAAUCGGUACUCCGAUUCUAGGUUUUCUAGUAAGUCGCCCUCAUUAUCCUGAAAUGCUGGCUAAUUAAGUUAGAUAGGAUUCUAAUUGGCUAGGUAAUAAGCUAGGUCUUUUGCUUUCACCCUUAUCUCCUUCUCCAACAAAUCUGGGUUAAUUGCUAACAACAGAAAGAGCAACAUUUAUCUCCUCUGUCAAUGCAUCAACUGCCCUUAGCAUCAGAUCCGUGUUGGGCUUCGAAGUUGGCACUCUACCUAUCAGGUAUCUUGGCCUCCCACUUCUCUCUACUCGCCUCUCUCACUCAGACUGCAUCCCCCUUUUUGAUCACAUCAUUACUAGAAUAAAGUCUUGGAAAGCCAGAGACCUCUCCUUUGCAGGUAGAGUUUUAUUAGUAAAGGUCACUUUGAGCUGUAUAUUGGUUUUCUGGACUUCAUGUUUUGUCUUGCCUAAGAGAACAGUUAAAACUCUUAAUUUUUUAUUUAGGAAGUUCCUAUGGGCAUGUAUAGAACUCACCUACAAGCAAUCAGCGGUUAGGUGGUCCAUUGUUUGUCUCCCUUAUGAAGAAGGAGACCUUGGAAUUUGAUGUAUCGAGAUUGCAAAUACUGUAUCCAACCUCCGGCACAUUUGGGACAUCGUAAGCAAUAAAGAAACUAUCUGGGUCACUUGGGUCAAGAACAAUCUCAUCAAACAUAAGGAUUUUUGGCUUCUAGACUGCUCAUGGUGCUGGAGACGCAUCUUGGAUCAUCGGGAUAUGGCUUCUCAAUUUUUUCUACAACUGAUUGGCAAUGGAGAGGAUACGAAGUUGUGGAAGGACAAAUGGCUCCCACAAGGUAACCUUCUAAGCUUAUUUCCUCAACACCUUCUUUAUGACUCUGUCCAUCACUUGGAUGCUAGGGUGAGCACUUGUUUGACAAACGGAGAAUGGUCCCUCACCCCCGAACUUAGAAAAUGUCUUUGGCUCCACUGUUGAGGAUAUUCUGCGAAAAAAAAAGUGGAUUGUUUGUUGCUGAUAGAGUUGUUUGGACUGCUGUUCUGGUAUCUACACCCUGAAGGAUACAACGCUCUAAGACCCCAUGCUCCUAAGAAAAACUGGCAGUCGCUGGUAUGAUUCUCCCACUGCAUACCCAGACAUUGUUUUAUAACUUGGAUGGCUCUUCAUAGGGGUUUGAAGACUAGGUAUAAAUUGUUAUCUUGGGGACUGAGUGUUGAUCCUAUAUGUGUUAUGUGCAAUCUGAUGCUAGAGGAUGAUGUUCACCUGUUGUUCACAUGCAACUACGCAGCAAGUGUUUGGAGCAAGCUGAUGCAGUUGUUGGGUCUGAGCUGUGUUACCCAUACUGAUUAGGAUGACCAUAUACAGUGGUGUGUCACGCAUAUAAGAGGUGUAAGAGCAGUUGGUAUAAUUCACAAACUCACUUUCAAUGCAUACAUCUAACACAUUUGGGGGGAGCGUAAUCGAAGAAUCUUCACUCGUACAUUCAUGUCAGCUGAGUGCUUAUAUCAAAGAAUUGUUGCUGAAGUUCGCCUUAGAAUGGCUUCUAUUAACAUUACUAUGGAGGACAACAAUGAGAAUAGAGCUCUUUCUGCGAGCUGGAGAGGAUCUACAGUCUUUACAUCAACAAAUCAGCUAGCUCUUGCUUGGCCCAAGCCAGAUAAUGGAGAGGUGGCAGUUAACACAGAUGGAUCUUCUAGAGAGGAUGGGGCAGGAUUUGGCGCUAUUUUAAGAGAUGAAAAUGGUAGUCCCAUUGGUGCUGUGAAAGGGGGCUCAACUCUUAUAGCUAUAACUCUUCAU